UAAGAGUUUUCUGCACAAGAAGUACCAUUUCUUUGUCUAUUAGCUUUGAACAUCAAAUGAAGGACACACCUCAUUUCAAAAAAAGGAGAAGCACGUGGACCAUGGACCAAACUGGAAAACCCCGAACUGACAUCUAUGUGUUCCACAGCUUUGGCUGCAACAAACACAAAGAUGAAGACAUUUCAGUGAUUGCACAGCCCAUGUUUGUCUUCAAGAAGGAGCGACCUUGCAAGAGGCCUGCAGAAGAUCCAGUGCACAAGACUGAAAACGUUCCCAGUGGAUCCAGAAAACGUGCAAGAGCUUCAUAUUCUUCUUUUCAGUCCUCCGAGUUGGAGUCCUAUAAACCCACUGUAUGUUCCAAGAAACAAGUAAGAAAAUCAUCCUUUAUCAUCAUUCCAUCAUUUCCACCUUCUCAACCAGUAAAGAAGAACAAUGUAUUCAUGACUUCGGGCGUAUCAGAAGAUUGUAUUGAUGUGAAAGCAACAGAACAAGAUCUUCCAACAAGCAACAGACAAAGAGAGGUUUUAAGGCCUGCCAGACUGCAGCUGCCACAAGUGACUAAAUACAGAAUAGAAAAGAAGAGAACUGAUGAAAAAUUUCUAGAGGAGAAUCAUGAAACAGACAAUCAGAUCAACUGCAGGCUUUUUUUAUUUAAUAAAGCCCUGUUAUGUUGGACUGAAAGAGGCAGUGGCUGUUUGAGGCUCAAUGAUACCUCCAGCAAUCAGCAUGGAAUGCUUCAAUCAAGACUGGUCAUGCGAAAUCAAGGAAGCAUGAGGCUUAUUCUUAACACCAAGCUGUGGACUCAGAUGGUGAUAGAAAGAGCAAACCGGAAGAGUGUGUGCGUCACAGCAACAGAUCUGGAGGAUGGUUCCGUCAAAGUUUUCCUAAUACAAGCCAGCACAAAGGACAUUGAAUCCCUCUAUGCAGCCAUCCAUCACCGUCUUGUUGCUUUGAAAAACUUUACAAAGCAGGAAUGUGGUAUAAAUCAAACAGAAUACAAGCUAGAUGUUCAGCCAAUAUCUUGUGACAGCGAUGAUGAAGAGAAUGAAAAAAGAUCUCCAGGGAGCAACAAUGGAUCAGAGCAUUCUCCAUGGAUUCGCAGACAACCUGUGGUCUGUUCCUGACAACUCUCUACAUCCCAUUAAAGGGACAUUAGGGACAACACACCAUGUUGGAAUGAAAGACACUGGAAUGAAGAACCACACAGGAGGUAGUAUAUGAUUAAGGAAAGAAGUGGAGAACAGGUGAAAGAAGCACUUUAAAGGUUCUAGACGUCAGUACCUGUAACAGGAAUCCAGUUCUUUUCAAAUUAUUCAGAAGAAAUAGUUUUCAGGUUUGGGGAUGAACAGCUUUAAGGGCCGUUUUAAAGAAAACAAUAAUUCUGAUCCAUGAUGGUAUUCAUCCUUUACAAAUGAUUGCUCCAUCUACUUAGAGCAGUAAUUAUUUACAAAGCAUGUGUAUGUAUGUG